GGGACCAAAUCCAGAUUUUUAUUUCCCUCCAGGAUCGGAGAGCUAAGUAUGCUCCAAAGAACAAGAAUAGGAAAAGGGGAAGGGCAGCCUUGCGGGCAGAGGGCGGGUCGUUCCCAGCAGCGCCGCUGUCCCUACCCGCCCAGAUUCCGGACCUGCUGGGGCCGGGGCGGGGCGUGCGCGUCAGCUGGGGCUAGAAAAGGAGGCAGCUCGGCCCUGCAGGGUGACAGCCCAGCUUGAAUGCCCGGCCCGGCCGCCGCCGCAGCCGCCGCCAUGAGCGCCGCGCUUUUCAGCCUGGACAGCCCCGCGCGCGGCACACCCUGGUCCACAGAGCCCGCGGCCUUCUACGAGCCAGGCAGGGUGGGUAAGCCGGGCCGAGGGUGCGAGCCGGGAGACCUGGGGGAGCAAGGCUCCACGACCCCUGCCAUGUACGACGACGAGAGCGCCAUCGACUUUAGUGCCUACAUUGACUCCAUGGCCGCCGUGCCCACCCUGGAGCUGUGCCACGACGAGCUCUUCGCCGACCUCUUCAACAGCAACCACAAAGCGGCCAGCGCAGGCGGGCUGGAGCUGGCGCAGGGCGGCCCUCUAAGACCCCCGCAUGCGGUUUCAGCCGCCAGGGGACCGCUCAAGCGCGAACCCGACUGGGGCGACGGCGACCCGCCGGCCUCCGUGCUGCCGGCGCAAGUAGCAGUGUGCGCGCAGACGGUGGUGAGCCUGGCAGCCGCUGCGCAACCCACGCCACCAACUUCGCCCGAGCCCCCUCGAGGGAGCCCAGUGCCGAGCCUCGCGCCCGGCCCCGUCCGAGAGAAGGGCGCGGGCAAGAGGGGCCCGGACCGCGGCAGCCCCGAGUACCGGCAGCGGCGCGAGCGAAACAACAUCGCUGUGCGCAAAAGCCGCGACAAGGCCAAGCGCCGUAAUCAGGAGAUGCAGCAGAAGCUGGUGGAGCUGUCCGCCGAGAACGAGAAGCUGCACCAGCGCGUGGAGCAGCUCACUCGCGAUCUGGCCGGCCUCCGGCAGUUCUUCAAAAACCUGCCCAGCCCGCCUUUCCUGCCGCCCACUGGCUCCGACUGCCGGUAACGCGAGGCGUGGGCCUCAAAGACUCCAAACGACCAAUACCUCAGACCCCGACGGCGGGAGCAGGCGCCGCCAGAGCCACUGCAGUUUCUUUGGGACGUACGAGUGACAGGAAGCUGCGGCUUGGGCACUGGACUCCAAGAGAAGCUAUAUGAAUCUUUCCCUCUUAAAUUAUUUUUUUAUAAGGGCAACGUUUUCUAUGUCUUAUUACCAUUACAGCUAAGGUACAUUUGUAGAAAUGACUUUUCCGACAGACUUUGGCUCAGAGGAGGAGACUUCGCAUGCUUUUUAUAUUAAUUUUUACAGUAUUUGUAAGAAUAAAGAAGCAUUUAAAUCGCUGCAGCUUUCCAUAUUCAAUCUUUCCCGCACACAAUGCCCUGGGACCUCCCGAGAGAGCCACCAGAACCAGGUGUGUUGCCCACAUGGGGUAAGGAGAUAAAUGAGUUUGCUUUCUUUGGAAGCCUAGCAGAGUUGGCCUCCUCAUGCUAUUUUGCCUGCGGAAGGAACAAGGGAAAACAAUGACUACUGCAUAACAUGCUGCUCUGGGCCAGAGAGCAGCUGAGAGUCCCCUAACUUUUUAGGUGCGUACUAAACGGUGAGAGGGUGGAAGAGAGCUCUUUUUACUUGUGUGGACUUUGCUUUCACUUUCCUCAAUACUAGGGACAAUGUGUAGAUUUCAAAGUGUGCAUCAGAACAAAUUAAUAUUGCAGUAUAUAAAAGGGAUGCUCCAAACACCAUUAAUUGUAAUGUUUGAGGGUUUAAGCUAUGUGUCUUUCUCCAAAGAAAAUUGUGUGUUAGGAACCUUUCCCUGAUCUUUGCACUGCUUGUUACUAUGUUGCUGCACAGAAGACACAAAAUGUCCAGGGUCCAAAUAGGAAAUUUUGUUUGUAAUUCAAAUCCCUGAACAAAGCACAGGAUGGUGGACUAUUGCACUGUGUUAUCUUUGUCCUCUGAGGUUCUCCAGGGUCUCUGACAGGUGUGUGGUGAAGUGAGCUACAGAAAUUUCUGCUUUAUAUAGCUCUUGUCACACCCAACUCACUUACACUGGCAGUCCCUAGUCCCUCAGAAUACUAAAACCACAAAGCGUUUAGGUUGAGCAUUUAUUUAUUGUAAUAGAACAGCAAUAUCUCAAUAUGAGAUGCUGGUUGAAGCUUUACAUAAUAGUCUUCCAGGAAAUAUUAAGUACUGCAAAAUAAAAGGUACAAUAUUGGUAAAAUCUUAAAUACUUUAAAGCUACAACAAAGAACAUUUCCUAAUAAAUCAAUAAUAUUGCUUAAGUAAUGCAAAGUGAAGACACAUGGAUACUCAAACACGUCCUCAAACUUGUAGGAAGGUAAGAAAAAAAGAUGUAAUAAAAGAUUUUUUUGAUUUUUAAUUUACAAACCAUCCUAUUAAUCUACCAGGAGAAAAAGAGAGCCUGGGUAGUUUAAAAGCAUGAAAAUCUCUGGAGUUAACAGGGCUCCCCGAGUAAAGGGCUGCCCUUAAUGCAACCGCUCGGCUGUCUGGAAGGAGGGCGGAUGGCAGUGGCUCCUGCUGCACUCAGAAGCUCAAUCUCCUCCAGGGUGACACAGCUGCUCUGUUGUGUGGUGAUGGACUGGACAAAGCAGAGUAAGGGCCCCAUCUCCUUCCCAAGGACAUUCUCCACCUCAUAAUUCUGCAGUGACAGAAGCAUGCUGGUUAAAGCAAACAGUCCCGGAUUCCUGGACAUUCUGCUCCCCCCAAAAUGCCACCACCAGCGCAAAGGCCCUUCCAUAAGCUGCAACCUACCUUCCUUCCAGUGGAAAAUGUUUGUGUGUGUGUGUACACUAUAAAAACCCCCUUUAUUAUAGCAAAUAAAUGAGCUACUUUAUUUUGA